AGUCACAUCUUACAAAAUUUAAGUUCAGUCAUUAAUUUUAGUUAAAUAAUUCUAAUUAGUUCCAGUUUUUUUUUAAAAAAUUAUUUCCGUUAAAUACACUUCUGAAGAAAUCUCUUCGGAAAAUGACUUUUCUCCUGCCCCCAGCACCCUCACCUUAUUUCUCUGGGGGGAAUUAUCCACCACAAUGGCAGAACAAUUUAGCCUUGAACUUUUCCAGUCACGAGAGAGCGACCCUGUACCGGGAACAAGUUCAGAGGAACAUUGAAACCAGGGUGGUGAACAUGGUGAAACAAAUAGUUCGGGGGGAUAAGCCAUUUUUCGUGCAAAACAGGAUCGAAGCUUCUCCAACGUUGGUGGCUAGCGGGUCGCAGUACAAUCCGGCGGCCGACUUUACGCUAACAGAGUCUUUUGUGGCGAAUGGGGGGUGGAGUUGGAGGACAAAGGCGGACAAACAAAUACUCCCGAGACUUCCACAUGGUCUCAUGUAUGUCAAAUUCGGGACUAAAAUAUCUCAGAGGAAGUUCGCUCUGCAGUUUCAUCUCAUGUCGAAAAUCCACGGGAUGGUGAUCAAAUCGAUGAAUUGUACGAUAAGAGACUUGUACUAUGAGAAUGUUUCCCUGUACGAGAGUCAGAAUAGAUUGGAGUCAGCGAUUUAUGAUUUGUGUCAUAUUUUGAAGGUGCCAAGGGACGCUUUAAGACUGGAAGCGACAUCAAAGGGGUUGAUGGCAGGGAAUUUGAAGUUCCAGACGACAACUGGCGAUGUCAUUAAUUUGGCCCAUUUCAAGUCAGGAAUGCUGAUUCCAAGUGUUUCUGGGGUGGAUGAUAUGUGUGAGAUUCAGUCCGAUGCGAAGCAAAUUAUUGUGGUGGAAAAAGACGCAGUAUUUCAACGAUUGAUUGAUGAACGAGUGUUUGAAGAAAUUGGUCCCACAAUUCUGAUCACAGGCAAAGGUUACCCUGAUCUAGUAACAUUGAAAAUGAUUCGAAAGCUGCGAGAUGCCCUUAACCUGACUGUAUUUGCAUUUGUGGACUGUGACCCAUAUGGAGUAGAAAUAGCUUCAGUCAUCCGAUGGGGUUCUUUCAAACAGGCGAGCAUUGCCAAGUGUGCCAACGACUGGUCCAUUGCGGAAGAGUUAACUGUUCCGAAUCUGGUUUGGCUCGGGCUACUUCCAUCCGAAAUUUCUGAUUUUUCUCUCACGCACAGAGUCUCGUCUAAGAUGACGAUGCGAGAUAGGCAUAAAACUCACCUGGUGAAGCAAAGGAUUUUGUCAAACGCAGACCCUGUUUGGAUACAUGAAAUUGAUGUUCUGCAAUGUUCCGAGUACAAAGCGGAGCUAGAGGCGCUAUUUAUUCAUCCAAGAUUUGCAAAUUUUUACCUUCAACAAAAGCUCAACGCGUAUUACAAGUUGGUUCAACCCUCCUGCAGCUUUCAAGCACCAGCCCCAACACCAACACCAGUUUCCAGCACCAAUACUUCCGGAUCCUGUUCAAAUAAUAAUUAAAUGUGUGCCAUCAGACUAUAAUAAUGGCCAAGUUGU